CCCCCCCCCAAGGUCCAAGACCGAUGAGCAACGGAAGGGGGAGAAAGUGGGAAGCCCCCCAUCUAAGGUCUGUGAGUUUUUUCCUCGACCCUGCUGCCCUGCCGGUUGGGUGUCGUGACCUUCGUUUUGCUUCCCUUCCCCCAGUUCCCAUGCCUAUAAUUCAUCGGUUGAGAACCAUUCAAUGCCGGAAGCGGAAGCCUCAACAUCGUGGGCGCGUGGGCGCGUGGGAAGAUCAUGGCAGGCCAUAAAAGAUCGAUGUCAUGCAAACCAGGGUUCAGAUAUCUACGUUUCAACGGCCUCUUUACCUCAUUCGACAUAUUUCGCCCACUAACACUACUGACACUGCCUACUUACACGAUCUUCCCCUCUCUCGGAGGGCUAUUACAUUACACAUAUAGAUCCAAUAUAAAGCGCUACAACACGCGCGGGUCCGAGCAUGAAAUAACGCAUUGUUUCCGGCAGGCUCUUGGAAUAUCUAAUGGUCUCAUGACAAUUUACCAGCAAUGCGAUGGGGAACAUCGCUUCGCUCCCCUCUGUCUCUCUUAUUCUCCUUCUCAAGACACCUCGUCUAAACGUGUUCCCGUACCACUUGCCGAAGUGAGGGUUGUUCUAUCAAGCUGUCGCGGCAAGCAAGCUCGUGUAGCAUCUAAACCCCGAACCGUCGGGAAGAUAUUCUGUGACCAACAUGAUUCUAUGACUUACUUUACUCGCCUUUCGGUGAGAUUUAUCUAACCAUACGUCCAACAUCGCUCUGCCGGUGAGUGAGAUACAGCUUGCAUACAAAAUAAAAAUUGCACGCAGAAAAGAAGAAAAAAAAAGGAAACCGGGC